AUGUUUGUCUUACCGCAUUCUAUUCGACAUUUAUUUAAAACUAUCAAUAUACAAGUAAAUUCAAAACAAUUAACUCUUCAAAGCUUCUCAUUUGUCAGAUAUAAAACUAAAUUAAAUUUGAUACGAUCAACGAAUGAAUUCAAUAUUAAUCAUGAUGAUAAUUAUCAAUCAAAUGAAAAUUCACAAGAUUUGGGUUCAUUUAAACAUUUUAAUAUAAGCGAAGCAACACAAAAAAGAUUAAAAGUUCGUAAUGUUGAAUGUUUAUUUCCUGUACAAUAUCGUUCAUACAAUGAUAUUUCAUCUGGAAAAGAUUGUAUUGUUCAAGCACAUACUGGAACAGGUAAAACAUUGGCAUUUAGUCUUCCAAUAGUUGAACGCCUUCAAAGUGAAGUAUCAAAUAUUAAUGGUCGUUAUCCACGUUGUUUAGUAUUGGAGCCAACACGUGAACUAGCGAAACAAGUUACAAAUGAUUUUCUUUCAAUAGCAUCUCGUUUAUUAUCAAUAUCAACAAUUUAUGGUGGAAAAGAAUAUUCUCAACAAGAAUUAUCGUUAAAAAGAGGUUCAGAUGUUGUCAUCGGAACACCAGGAAGAAUUAAAGAUUUUAUUAAUAGAAAGAUUUUAAUUCUUAAUCAAUGUCAAAUUAUUGUUUUAGACGAAGUUGAUAGAAUUCUUGAUAUGGGUUUUCAAGACGAUGUGGAUUUUAUUAUUAAAAAUAUUUAUGGAAAAGAAAAAAAAAGUCAAAUGAUUGUUUUUUCAGCCACAAUUCCAUUGUGGUUAAAAAAGAAUCUUUCAAAUUAUAUGUCAAAAACAAAUUUAUCAUUUAUCAAUUUAAUUGAUGAUCAACAGGAAAAAACAGCUAAUAAUAUUGAACACUUAUCUUUUAAAUUAAAUCAGAUCGAAAAACGAUCUGAAAUUAUUUUGAAACUUUUUAAAAAAUAUUCAAAAGAUGUCAAUAAAAGUCAAGCAAUUAUUUUUUGUCAAACAAAACAAGAAUGUGAUUUCCUAGGAAAAUCUUAUUUCAACAGCAACAUUUCAUCUGAUGUUCUUCAUGGAAAUCUUUCGCAAAGAAAACGAGAAUAUGUUUUAACAAACUUUCGUCAAGGUAGAAUUCGUUUAUUAAUAACAACAGAUUUGUCAGCACGCGGUCUUGAUAUUCCAGAUGUUGAUCUUGUUAUUUUAACAUCACCACCGCAGGAUUGGGAAUCAUAUGUUCAUCGGUCUGGUAGAACGGGAAGAGCUGGAAAAAAUGGGAAAGCAAUUACAAUAUUUAAUCAACAACAAAUGAAACAAUUAAAAAUUAUUCAAACAAAUACGAAUAUGGAAUUUAUUAAUAUUCAUCCGAAUUCAUUAGAUUGA